AGCAAAUACUGCCUGGCACCCCAGAGACAAUUCAAUCUGUCAAUUUAAACUACAAUUGAGAUUAGUUACGUUACAUUAUGCAUAGGGCCCAGGAUCUUGUGCCACACCCCUAUGGAGGAAUAGGGCAAUCCAGCUCUGUAGCCUACAUGUCAGGUCAUUAUAGUAAUUUCCAGGGCUGUGAGGAGUUACAGUGGCUGAAGCCGCACAGUAGUCCAGGCUGCUGGAGGGCACAGCAAAGAAAACAAUAAACUCACAAUAAUCAUCCCGGCCACAAAACACCUCCAGCCUGCCUGGAAUUUUUCCAACCCUCCCAAUUACCACUACUAGUUGGAGGCAAGAUACUGCAGGAAGGAACCCGGUUACCUCCCAAUCAAGCCUACAUGGAAGACAUGGCAACGCUGACAGCAUUUAUACCGUGUACUCAUUAACCAAGCUGAAUGGGCAAGGAUGAAGGUGAAACCUAGAUAAUGCAGAAGUGCAUCUGUUAGAAAGGGAAAACUGCUGUAAAAUAAAUUGUGGAAAAGACAGUAGUGAGCUUACGCAAGUGGUACAAUUCCACUUUGAGUGACCAAGGACUUGUCGAGGCUAGCAUUACCAUUGAAAGAACCUUCUUGCCUGGUAAACUGAAGUUGAGCAUGUGGUGCUUACAGUUUGGGCUUUUGCCACACACUACAUGUAGGUGGCCUUUGUAUAUGACAUUGCAAUCUCAGAGAUGGAGAAAUUUGAUAGAAUUGCCAAUAAAGCAGUUAGAAAAUGGUUUGGGGUGCCAUGAUGUUGUGGUAACCAAUGACCAGCUUGUUGGAGGACUUCAAAUUUGCUAAGACCAGUCUGGAAAUGACUAUCGCAGUCUAAGGAUCCAGUCGUCAAAAACACUGCUCCAAUGGUGAAAACAGGGAAGGAGUGUAAUUCUUGUUUCACAUACAUACAGUACAGGGGUAAUGCUACAGCACAGGAGAGGGGGGAGAUGUGAACCUGCUUUGUCUGUGAGCAAGAAGAAAAAGCCAGAUGAUGACUGGAGGUGUCUCCAGUAAAACAAGGGCAAUGGAUGAACUGGUGUGAUGUUGAGAAGAGGAAAAUCAGCUGGAGAGAGCUGAGAGUCACGGAUACUAGCUGAAUUAAAUUAAUUGUUGGAGCCAUUUAUGAGGUUUUUCCCAGUCUACAGAAACUCAGUCAAUUGAAAGGAAGAAGUUAAAUUACAGUAUGCUGAGCUGGUGGUGGAAGCAAGGGAACGAGGCUUGGAAGUACACACAGCAGAGACAUGUGUCAGAGGCUUAGUGGCAGAAUACUGGGGUAGGAAGCGCAGAUAAUACGCAGUCAUACCCAAAAAGGAGGCGAGGUGGGCAGGACUGGAUGGCAUGGGCACCCGUUGGAUGGCUUCUGGGGUCAGGCGAAACCCCACAAACUCCACCUCAGAUGCAGAGAAGAUGCAUUUCUCCCCAUUCAGUGUGAGGUUAUGAGAGGCCAAAGUGUCCAGUACCUGUGUCAGGCAUUGGUCGUGGAUAGCAGGUGUUGGUCCAUGCACUACUAUGUCAUCGAGAAAAACGACCACUCCAGGAAUGCCAGCAAAGAUAGUAGACAUUAUCUUUUGAAAACAGCUAGUGGUGGAGCAAAGGCCAAAAGGCAUCCUGGUGUAGCGGAAGACACCUGCAUGCGUGACAAAUGCAGUGAGAUUACGAUGAUCUGGGUGCAGGGGAACCUGCAGGUAGCCCUGGCGGAAAAUGUCUUGGAGCCAUAAAACUGUGAGGUCAGUUUUUCUGCAGUGGGCAGCAGGUAUUUAUCUGGUACCACAGCCUUGUUUACCACCCUCAGGUCCACACACACUCGCAAGCCGCCUGUUUUCUUUUUGGCAAUCACCAGAUUCGAGAUCCAUGGUGAGGGGUCGACUGGUUCGAUGAUGCCUGCUUCUAACAACUUUGUCAGCUCCGCUUUGACAUGGUCGCGCAAUGCCAGGGGAAUGCGUCGAAGGGGCUGUAUGACUGGGUGCGUGUCCAUGUGCAGGAGGGGUUGAUGCGUGAAGGCUGAGAGGCAGCCCAGGCCUGAAAAGAGCUGCGGCCAUCGCUGUUCCCAUGCUGAGCUGACCUGCAGGACUGGCGCCCCGCCGCUGUCCAGGAAUGUGAAACCCAGGCUGGUGAUGAGGUCCAGCCCCAUGAGUUUAGCACCGUGCUGCGCCACCUGGAAGGUGAAGGUCGGGACGCAUUUGCUCCCAUGACGCACUGCACAGUUCAGGGAGCCAAUAGGGAGAUUUUUGCAUUACCGUACCCAUGUAGCACUGCAGAUGGCGUCUGUAAAGUUAUGUGAGGCAGGAAACGCUUGACUGUGGGCCAGUUGAGAAGUGAUAUAUGUUGCCCCAGUAUCCAACAGCAGCGGUACACAGACUCCAUCCAACUCCACAGUGCACGUCUUGAACGGUACACGUCUUCAACGGUACAUGGGCAGAUGUAUGGGAGUGGGGCUUGUAGUGGUACCUUUCCCGUGUCGUGGACCAGCCCGCGGUCCCGCUGUGGCUGGUGCAGAGCGGCAAACCCUGGCAAAAUGGUUGCUCCUCCCACAGCGUUGACUCACCUGUCCUCUGGCGGGGCACUCGUGGCCUUUGGUGGAGUGCGAGGAAGAACCACAAUCACCACAGCCGCGGCGCCGCUCGCCACGUGUGCGUUCUGCGUAGAGAAUCCCUGCGUCUCCCUCAGACGAUGUUGGGCUAGGUGGGCGCUCAGGCUCCUCGACCUGUUGAGUUAAGACGGGCUGUGUGGAAGCGCGGGAAGAUAGUUUUGUGGAUAACUCAGUGGCCAUUGUCCCGAAUUUACAGAGGAGGCUAAGCCACGGAGGUCGGCUACAUAGUGCUGGAUCGACUCACCUGCGGUUUGUUUGCGCUGUCGGAAAACAAUCCUGCGAAGUGUGCCUUAAGCAAUGUAGUAGCGUCCUUGUACUACUUCGCUUGACCCAAUGUCCUGAAUAUGUGUUGUCCCUCGGUGCCUAGGCAGUGGAUGAGGAGCGAUCUCCGUCGCCCAUUGUUAGCUUCCUCUAGUCCGAGAGCUGCGAGGUACGUCUCAAAUGACUCCAGCCAAUGAACCCACGAUACUGAAGGCUUGCCCGGUAGUGCGAGGAACUGUGUAGGUGGUGGGAUUGAAAGCUCCAUCCUCGUCGCCAAUGUUAUGUGUGUUUUCAGACAGCAUCAGAGAGACACAUGUCCACCAUAACCAUUCAUUUAUUUCACUAACGUAAAACAAAUACAAAACUGGAUGUACGUCAUUCGACAGUCCGAAAGCUGGCUGUCGUAAAACUGUCAGACAGACAUAACACUGUCUUAAAGGCAUCCAAUGUUGUCGCAGAGUGAGUCGCAGAGUACUUAUCUUUUGCCUUGCCCUUGUAAACACUUUUCACGGCUUGAGCCGUUCCCCCCUGGACAUGGUACAUGUGCAUUUUGAAGCGGAAUUAUUAGCAACAGGCGAAGACAAUCUCCAAAGAGCCAUAUCUACUGACCAGGUAAUGUUUCACAAUUCCCACAAGAUAUCACCAGGCUGCCAACAGCCAAAUUGCAAGGCUACUAUUUUAUUAUAUUAGGAUAUAUUAAGGUAAAAAACUUGCAUGGUGUUGCUUUACGCCAAUUGGGUAUUACUGUUAUGUUGACAUUUUCAAGACAAGAAUUUUUACUGUGGGAUAGCAUGCAACACUGGGAAGAUCUAGUCUGGCCUUUUAAACCAUGCUUCUAGGCGUCAAUUACAGACUAGCCUAUGGACUAUGAUAUGGCUAAAUGGGCUAUAUAUAUUUUUCAAAAUAUAUUUUUCCUUCUAUUUGUUUAAUCUGUGAAGCGACCUUGGAUGUCCUGAAAGGCGUUUUAAAUAAAAUGUAUUAUUAUUAUUUUUUAUUAUUAUAAAUACUGCCCAGAAAUACUGUAUACCUGUAAGUAAACAAGUUGGCUACAUACACUUUGGUGAUAGAAUGUUUGUGAAUACCUCAGUAAUUCUCUGAGGCUGGAAUAGGGUAUGGUUCAGUCCCAGCUAGAAUUGUGUAUGACCACCAUAGGUGUUUAUUUUUUUGGACUGCACAGCCACACAAACACACAGCUGCACACAAAUAGCAUGUGUACAGUAAGAAUCAUACAUACAUUGAAUUUCCCCUGGGAAUCAAUAAAGUAUCUAUCUAUCUAUCUAUCUAUCUAUCUACACUGACUGCAACUUUAAGAGAUGAGCUGUUGAUCAGUCACAACAGCUGGGAUAAUAAUCGCUUUGAAUGAGCCUCUUGCUUCAAGUUCUUGGCGCACUUGGCCAGACUUUGGCUUGGCCCUUUGUCUGCAGCCAACGGUGCAUUGUUGUAUCCUGUGUCAUUUUGUAUUAUAUUUAUUUGGCUUGGUGGUCAGUUGACCACUGUGGAACGUCCCCAACCAGUAGCACAAGGAACGUGACAUUAUUUUCCUAAGUGUAACUGAAAUAGUCUUUCAGGGUCUGCUUUAUCAUCAGUGGGACAGUUCUUAUCAUCUGAUGUGGGUAAGCAAUGCACAUUUGUAUGCCUUUUAGUCUAUUUGUUUGUUUGUUUGGUUGUGUUACUAAUUAUAUCACCACCCUCUUUGCUUAUCUCCAGCAGAGGAUAAGUGCUCAAUGUGUGGAGGCUGGUUCCCCCUAGAGGCAGUAUUCACCAUCCUGUGCCCCUCAAAGAUUACUUGAUCCUCAUCUUGUAUGAAUCUACAGUAUGUUUAUCAUUCAGACAAAGCCCUCAGACCCACAACAUCAAACAGUGGCUCCAUGGCAGUGUGCACUAGAGAUUACCAGGCCAUGGAGGACUACAGCAUCUACAAUAACAUGUCUGAUGAUGACCUGGUCCAGCUGGCCAUUGAACGCAGCCUGAGUGAUAUCUGCAGUGCUUCAUCAGCCUUUUCACAACUUGCAACACAGAGGUCAUCCUAUUCACAUCCUGCAGCAAGUCAAUCGGUGUCCUCUGAGGAAGUCGUGCCAGCGUUUCGACAGUUGCAAGACAGUUACAGGCUUCGGACACAAGCAGCUUUGCCUGCUCAAAACAUCCCUCCCUUUGCCAACUCAUUGCAGGCUGUCAGUCUCCCCAGUGAAGGCCGAAAUGAGAGAAGUUUCCUUGUCUGCAAUGAAGAGGAUGAAAUGAGAGCGCUCUCUUGGACAAAAGGAAUUGGUUCAGGACUGGAAGUAACAGUGACACGUAUAGAGGACAUACCUACCAUAAACGCAGCCAUCAAGAGGAAUGAUGCCCCAGUACUUCUUGAAAUAUUGCGGAAACAGCCAUCUCACAUUACGAGUGCACCAAGCAAGGAUGGCUGGCUACAUAUACAUGAGGCUGCACAAUGUGGUUCUAUGGAAUGUUUAAGAGUGCUAAUAAACGCCUUUCCUGAACUAAUCAACAAGUAUACCAACAACCGCCACACCCCUCUGCAUCUGGCUGUGGUAAAUAAACAUCUGUUAUGUGUCCAGUGUCUUCUUGAGGCAGGAGCAGAUCCCAAUAUAGCCAACGAUUUAGGAGAAACACCUUUGUACAGAGCUUGUGAAAAACCAACUGAGGAAAUAGUGGAGCUUCUCCUGAUGUUUGGAGCCAAGGUCUCACAAGCCAGCAUUGAGGGAGUGACACCAUUACAUGAAGCAGUGCGAAACAAAAAUCUUGACAUAUGCAACCUUCUAGUGAGAGCUAGAGCAAACAUAAGAGCCAGGAACACUUAUGGCGUUGAACCACUAUUCAUGGCUGCCCAAGUAGGAAGCACAGAAGUAAUAACGCUCCUCGCUACAUAUGGAGCCUAUAUUAACUGUGAAGCUAAAGAUGGAGCAACACCUUUGUAUGAAGCAUCCAAGAAUGGCCAUGAGGAGGUGGUGAAGCUGCUUCUGUCUAAAGGAGUAGAUGUGAACACAAGAACUAAAGCAGGACUGACCGCUCUUCACAUUGCUUCAAAGAAUGGACAUGCUAGAGUUGUGUCUUUACUGAUUCCACACACGGACAGAAGGAUGUUGAAACAGAGUGCCAUCAGCCCGCUCCACCUUGCAGCAGAACAUGACCGAGAGGAUAUCUUGGAGAUUCUCAUCGAUGCGGGCUUUGAUGUCAACACUGUGCUGAAGACUGACCACUCCCAGAUUUAUGACGAUCGGUGCUGCUCAGCCCUCCACUUCACUAUACGCAACAGCAACAUAGACACAGCCUCCAUGCUGCUGGAGGCAGGCGCUGACCCCAAUCUGGAUGUUUUCAACCCUCUUUUGGUAGCCGUGAGACAGGGAAAUACAGAGAUGGUGUCUUUGCUGGUGGAGUACGGUGCCAAUGUGAAUGCCUGCGUGCCAACACACCCCACUACCUUUCCUGGGGCUUUGCUCUUUUGUAUGAAGCACACGCUGAUGUUCAAGUUCCUGCUGGAGAAUGGAUGUGAUGCCAACGCCUGUUUCUCAUGUAUUUAUGGAAACAACACACAUCCUCCAGUCAAAAGAAGGCAGGCUACGGAUGAACUGGACUUGGAUCCUCAUAGCGAAGCAACACAGUUCUGUGAGAUUAUAGCGGAUCCCCUUUACACCUAUUGGGCAGGACCUAUACUUGACCGUCUCCUUGAUUACACUGGACCUGUGAAACUGUGUUCUAGAAUCACAGAACUUCUUGAGCACAACCAGGACUGGGUAUACAUCAUAGAAAAAUCAAAGCCAUCCUUUUGCCUGAUGCAUCUGUGCCGACUGAGGACCCGCCAGCUGGUGGGAUGGCAGAGACUGAGGAGAAUGACCAGCCUUCCUCUGCCUGGACGACUCAUCAAGUACCUGUUCUACGACAACGGAGAGUCUGAAGACUUCCUUUCUCGUGGUUUUGACUAAACAUAUCCUUGUGUCAGUCUUACGGAAGCUUUCCACACAACAAAACACCUCGCGAAUUUUGUUCUACUAAAUUUGCACAUUCUUUAAGUAUCAGUUACAUACUUUUAUAGUACAUUUACAGUACUGAGGUGCAAUUUCAGUUUUUACACUGAAGUGAGGAAUUAUGAAAUAUAAAAAUGUUUACAUUUGUCAUGUCCUUUAUAUUGUGUUCAUGAGGUAAAGAGGUUGUUGUGGGGAAAAACAUAAGUAACAUUGCUGUCACAGGUUUUUGCAGUAGUGUUUUAGAUUCAUCUCACCAGUGACUAUGUUGUAGUAUUUGUGCUGUUGAGGGCUGAGGGCUUGUGUGUUGUGUCUGAAGACAUUCUUUUUUUUCAGCAAGGUUGAAUGGUUUUGAGGGGAAAGUUUGGUUUUGGGAGUUGAGUGUGUCAUAAUAAUAAUAAUAAUAAUAAUAAUAAUAAUAAUAGGUUUUAUUUUUAUAUAGCGCCUUUCUCAAACUCAAGGUCGCUUUACAGAGUCAAAGCAAAACAAGAGUGGAGGGUAAUAAAAUGUGGUAAGUCUUUGCAGUUGUGGAGGAGGAUAAGUGUUAAUGAAACUGAAAGGUCUUGAUGAGCUUUAAAGAAAGGGAAGGAGGGGCAAUUACAGAGGGGUUGAGGGAGAGAAUUACACUGGACGAGCGGGAUUGAGUGUAAGGAAUCAGAAGGUCACAGAGGGAUGGGGGAAGGUCAUGGAGGGCUUUAAAGGUGAGAAAUAGUCCUGGAUGUGUUUUGGGAAAUGGAAACAACAGAAACUUUUAAGUUGCUAUAAUAUGUCAUACCUACAUGUCUUAGGCAUACUAGACACCUGUUAAGAUGAUAAACAUUUGAUGGAUCUUGUUCUUAAUAUUUUCUGUUUCGUACUCAUACAAAGUUUACUGAAGGAAACAAUGUGAAGUGCAUUUUUCAGAAAGCAUUGAAAAUCAAUAAUAUUUUUGGUGCAAGU